AUGGAAAGGUCUCAACUAGAUGCACAAACUGUUGAUGUUGAUGCUCCACAAAUUGUUGAUGUUGAUCUUGAUGUUGAUGAAGGAGAUAAUGAAAAAGUUGCAGAUAAUAAGGGUGGUGGUCAUAGAGUAUCUUGGAUGAAUGGGGAAUUGGUGAAGAGAUUUACAUGGAUGUGGACUGAAGAUUCGUGUUUGCAUGUUUUGGUUGUAAUCGACUAUUUUACUAUUACGGACUUUGUGUUUUAG